CUUGUACCCACCGGAGUGACCAGACCAAUUGUUUCGUAUUUGCUCCGUAGCAGAUCCAUCUUCGCAUCUAUCCAUUCGACCUUCCAACACACUCAACCACUUCUUUGCAGACCCAGCAGCCGCAUUGGUCUGCCAGGCAGCUACCGCUUGGAUUCGCACGUCGCAUCUUCCCUCGAACGGCGCAUUCAUUACAGGCUGAUGUCCAAGAGUGACAUGGUUUCAAGCUCACAGGCACAACCGUAGUUGCGUUUUGGGCGGGUGCAAGCCAAGCGCCGGAACUUCAAAAACUACCACAACCGCACCUCCCCCUUCCUCCUCCUCCUCUCACUUUCCUCUUCCUUCCGCCACAUCCACAUCAUAAGACUGUCUUUACCCGCUUUUACUCUCCAAACAGCAACACUCCGCAUCUCCAUGAUAAGCCACUACAGCGUCACAAACGACGAUAUUUGCCAGUCUUUGCGCACCAUCCAUCGCCUCAUUCCCGCCGGCUGUUCUGGUGCCGACUAGCUAUGGUCAACUCAAAGCAUGCUGCUUUCAAGGUCAACAAGCAAACGCCCGCAAACGGGCCCCCGCCCCAGGCCUACAGCACCGUCAUCAACUGUCGGAAGCCAGCCGGCAAGCGCGCGCUGGCUCUGAAAGAGAGGGGUGGGGAUGUCAAGGAGUUGAGGACCCUGCGCUUCACCAAAAUCCCCGGUGUACCAUGUCCUGAACAACUCCCCCAGAAACGGAAAUUCCUGGAUGAUGUCGACCUUGCCUUUGGAGUCGACCAAGGCCCUUUCGCCAAAAAAGCGUGUACCGCGCCCACGUCUUCGGAUGGCAGGCGCAGCCUCAUAGCCGCAAAGCCCUCGACAGGCAUGCCAACAAAGUUCCGCCGCGGCAAAUCUGUCAGCAAACCACUUGAUCUGGAUUCCUGGUUCACCAUUCUCUCAUUCUCGGAUCCCGCUCAACUUCUGGAGAUGCGCGCAAAGAUCCCGUCCUGCUACCGGUUCCUACGAGACAACCCCAUGUUGUGGAAACACAGCCGCGACUACUAUUAUCGUGGCACGCUUCCGGAUUUGCCACCACAUGAACUUACCGAGUUUCAGUAUGCGCAUCUGCGACACGGCCAUGGUUGCAUGAGCUGCGGCACGCCGUCUACUCGCAAGACGUACUGGGCUUUCCUCCGUCGGUGGUGCAAGAGCUGCCUGCAAUCUAAGACGAUCAAGGAAGUUGAUGCGAUAGAUCUGUUCAAGGACCAGAAGGGCGAGGACGUAUCCUUCCUGCAAAAGUGUCUGCCCUCGGGCAUCUUCGAUUCAUGGGGCAACUUCGUCGGCGUAGGCCCGGCAGCAACUCUAUCCUACAAGACGGUCUACCUGAUUUCGGACGUUAACGCUCUCGUGGCCGAGUACAACCAGGAGAGCAUAGUCAAAGGAGGUCCCUGGGAUAUGCGUACUUGGAUGGCGGCCAAGACACAGGUGGUGGAGGAGAGGCAUCAGUUUGCUCGUAAGAUGGAGCUUUGGGAGGAUUCCACGCGGGCAUCCAAGAGUUUCGAGCACCUUGCGAAGAAGCAGGCACGGAAAGAAUACUUUGCUGAGAAGGCUGCGCAUCUCUCUCCCCCCGUCUAUCUUCGAGAUAUGGAGUGCUGCCCAUCGUAUCGGCGUGCCGUUGCCAUCCCAAAGGAACCCAACAUGACUUCAUGGCUUCAACUCAAGCCCAAGUUGGAGAAGGAGGCUGCAGACUUGCGAGCUACGGGCGGUGCUCCCAGCCAACUGCCCACAUUCCCCAUGUCAGGCACAUCGACUCCCUGCACGGAUCUCUACUAGCGUCGGCAUGGCAUGGGCCUGCAAGUUUCUUUUUGUUACAUUUUAAUCGUUUCCCUCUUUCGGUAUGGUCAGGGCAAGGCAUGGAUUAAGGAGUUUAUCUGGGUAUGGUGCAUUCACGGUUAUAAUUCCCCGGUACAGGACGGAUUCUCAGGAGAUCAGGAUUAUGGCGAUUAAGCGUGCAUCAAUUAGCUACCUAGGUAGUGCUGAUACGACGAUAUGACUUUGAUAAAGCACAUUUGCUGCUUACUCUGAAGGGCCUUUGGUUGGAGAGUAAUGAGCAAGACAAAUGAACAUUUGAAUAUCAAGGGAUCACCGCUUGACUGGAUGUAUCUCUCGACAUCAAGGUGGCCAGCUGACACCAAUGAGAUAUGCACGUGAUUGCCCCUCGUUAAUACCACGUCAACAUAUG